AUGUUAUCGCGGUCACGUGAACCUCAGCUUAGUCCAUUUGUUCUAGUACAUCCGGAUAGUAACUUCAAGCUUCAAGUUGCCAACUCACACUACAUCGAGUUUGGCACAAUGCCACAGCAGCUACCUCAAACUCAGCAUGGUCCUACAAUGAGAGUCGGGUCUGCAUUGAAAGCGGACGCCAAACGCGGUGCGACCUUGUCUGUGCGAGAAAUAUUGACGCUGAGACGGACCUCCAAACGAUAUUAUUUCCUGUCUAGAUUUCGCAGUGUUUGGUACGCGGCGUUCUGCACUGAAGUAUUGGCCCGCCACCUUCCGCCCCCUGGCCCUUCGUGCUCCAUCCGUGCUCUGAAUUCUGCAGAUCUGGAGCAUCGCACAUUAUUGGCUCUUUCCCUCGAGAAACGUUGGUCACGAUCCACGCCCAAUGUUAUUGCCUCGAGCAAGCAACGAGAGACCGUAGACCAGAUCCUGCUUAUCCCUGGUGGAACGCAGAUAUUGACCGUCCAUGGAAAUAAAGUGAUAUAUUGGCUCGUCUCUGGGCAGACAGGGGCCACAUACAAGCUUCAAAAGGUCGAAGAGUGGUUGUCGCCGAGUGAUGAUGCUUGUAUAGUCGUGAAGGACACCGAGGGCCAGGGAAUCAUUGCCAUCGGUUGCAGAGACCACAAGCUCUGUGACUACUCCCUCGUCCCUGGCAUUAUCGCAGGGAUAUCGCGGCACCUCCUUUUUUUAGAUACGACGUCAGAGCAGGACGGUGGCGGUCUUGAGCUCCUGGAUUGGCAUGCUCAAACAGAAGGUACUGCCCUGCUCCCGUGUAUACCCGAUCUGUUUGGUCCAUUUCUAGGCUUCGUUCAUUUCUCCGACCAUAUACUUGUAUCAUGGGAGACAUGCAUUAGUGUAUUCCCGGUGCCUGAAAUACCAGCCCGGGGACGGAUGGUGGUUGCCCAUACCAAGGUAUUCAUAUUUUCUGAGCCCAUUAGCUCGCCUGUCGCCUUCACAACUUGUGUCCCUCGAGGUUGGACCGGCAUAGAUGCCCCGGCGUACCCACCAUCCCACGAGAUGCCUUCCCUCACAAUCGUUGCGCGUCCCAAGAGCAAGUUGGGCAGGAUUGCUAUGUCGAUGCUUAUUCCGCUAAGCAACGAUGACGGUGCAAAGCAUUCGUCCAAUUUUCCAUAUCAGCUUCUCCGACUACCUCCAUUUGUUCCCGACGUGCCGAGAGAUACAGACAGGAACAUAGGGGGGCAGGAGUGCACGCAAAUAUGCAUGGGAUCGUCUGGGCGCGGGCUGUGCGUCUUUGGGCGGGAGAUCCGACUGUGCGAGCCAAGUCUGUUGUAUAUUCCCCCUCGUGAGAUGCAGUUUGGCCCUGCCUUCGAGCCGGGCAAGGCCAUAUAUGAGAUCGAACCUGGUGGCGACAGUGUUGGUGGAGACAGGGUAGAUUUCGACGAGGGAAUGGGACGAGUAUUCGGAUCAUCAUCGAGUGACAACGGUGGUACAAAGAACCCAUGCUGUAAUAUCAAGAGUCAUACUAGCACGCAUACUACCCUGCAGAUGACUUUCCGUGGCGGCUGGAAAUAUAAUUGGAAUAAAUAUUAUUACUUGAGGAGCAUAUUUUGUACUUCUACUAACAAUCUCUUUCAGCUGCAAAGAGCUCGCAACCUUCUAUCUAACUUCUUGUUCCUGCCACUAGCUUCCCCUACGAUUAGGAGGUUGACCCUGCAUAUCAGAAAACCAAUAUUACGGAUAUAUUGA